AUGCACCUCAAGCAGGCGAUAUUCUCAUCUUGGACGCUCGCUGACUUGUAUCUCUUUUUCCAGAACUGCGAGACCGGCCAGUACAAGAACUUCGGCGAGGGUGGUAACAACAAGUGCCAGGGUUUCAACACUGGAAAGAGCGUUGCAUUCGACAGCAACAAGGGCCUGUCUCUCCGUGUUUUCGCUUCCACCGACUGCCAGCCUGGCGACGAGAUCUUCAUUACCGAGCAGAACAAGUGCCAGCAAGUUCCUUUCACUGGUCUAUCCGUCCUUGCUGAGUAA